AUGAAAUGGGUUAUCGACGAGCCACAAUCAUUUCGGAUAUCCGAAAACGAUGUCGUAAAAGAAGAUUUUCAAAAAAGACGCCUUCCUUAUCUUUAUCUUUACGGCACUGACAUAGGGAAGGUAGGGAAUGAACGUACUGAGGAAACGAACAGCAGCAUUACAAACGUCAAUCAUCCUAAUGCGAUAAAUAAUGGCGCCAAGGAUUUAUGGAAAGGGUUGACUUACGAUUAUCAGGAACAUGUUACAAUUUCUUCUAAUGAUUCGUCUGGCAGGUCAGAUGAUUCCAAUGAGGCUGAUAUACGAAAGAAAUUAUACAUAGAAGACUUGACGACAAGAAAGGACGUGUAUGGAUUAUGUGGUGAAUGUUUUAGACCGGGCACGGGUCGUCACUGGUGUCAAACUUACAUCGAAAGGCAUCAAACAAAUAGUGACAUUCAAAUUCAAAUGCAAAAGUAUGUAAGUGUUAGAGUAGACAAAUUAAAUUGCAAUUCAAAUGAUAAUCGGUUUAAAAUUACUCGAACGCAUCCUCAAGCAAUUUACGCUAGUAGAUCACUAAAUUUUAAGGAUCUUCCGAAGCCUGUAAAUGCUCCCAAGUCAGCUUUAGAUAGUUUACAAAUUAACGAUGAAG